GAAAAAAAGAUAUCAUUUAUUUAUUUUUGAAUAUAUUAGUUGUGAGCGAACAAGAAACGUGCUGAAUAGUGAUUUCUUUUUCUCUAUCCAAAUACAUCGAUUACAUACGUUGAACAUUAUGGGUGGUGGAGAUUUGAAUCUGAAGAAAUCAUGGCAUCCUUCGACCAUGAAAAACAUGGAGAAGGUGUGGAAAGCAGAGCAGCAAGACCAUCAGGAAAAAAAAAGAAUAGCAGAAUUGAAAAGGGAAAUUGAAAUGGAAAAGGACAAAGAAGAUAUGACAAAGUACGCUAUGGACCAAGGAGUCAUAGAGAAGAAAGAAGACAAGAAACUCGAUUGGAUGUACAAGGGACCAAACCAAAUGGUCAAUCGAGAAGAUUAUUUGCUUGGAAAACCCAUUGACAAACCUUUUGAGAAAAUGGUUCAAGCUGAAAAAGAUGGAGAGCUGAAUAGAGCACCUAAAAAUCAUGUUGAAUACGAAUGCAUUCCACCAUCGUUGAGAUUUUUCUCUGGCUCAGAGCAAGUGGACUUGGCAAGAAAAUUGCAAGAAGAUCCUCUUUAUGCCAUAAAGAAAAAAGAGAUGGAGACAAAAAGUCAACUGUUGAAAAAUCCUGUGAGAUUGAAACAACUCAGAGAAUUGCUCGAUCAACAAUCAAAGAAGGACAAACGCGAGAAACGGAGUAAAAAACAGAAAAAAAAGAAUCGUUCGAAAUCGAGCUCUGAAAGUGAAGACAGUGCAGCCGACCUUGAUAAUUUGUUGGCACAAAAGUACAAAAAACUCAAGGGUAAAAUCAACGAAGAUUAUUUAAUAAAAUCAAUGAAAAGAUUGAAAAAGGAAAAAAAGAAGCGCGCCAAUAGAAAAGAAAGCAGUAGCAGCAGUAGUGAGAGUUCUGAAGAGGAAUCUGAACGCGAAGAAAAAAAACAUCGAAACGUGAAACACAAAAGAAACGAUAAUGGAGGCGAACGUGAAACGCGAAAGAAAGAAUGCAAAAAGAAACAGAGCGACCGAAGCACGAGUCACGAACGUACAAAGCCAAGCAAAUACAAAAACAACAAGAAGCGGCGGAACAGCGACGCGAGCGACGUUCACGAGGAGGAUGAAGAUAGCCCGAAAAAAAGACGUAAAAAUGAAGAUCGAGAAAGAAGCCGGGAGCGAUCAGACUACAAAAACAAGAGUCGAGAGAUACGAAACAGAUCUGAAAAUCACGAUAGGAGUCCGCGCAGAAAACACGAUGUUUCUUCAAGGGAUACGAAAGAUUCAGAUGACGAAAAAAAAACGAAAAGUUCACCCAAGGUUGAGUUUGGCUUAAUGAGGGCCGAUCGUACAAGGAUAGAAAACGUGUCGAAACCCAGAUCGUCAAGACCUUCGAAAUCCGAGAUGAAAGAAAAAAAAGAAGAGAAACGAUGGAUUCCUCCCAAGAGGCAGCAUCUGACGGAAGAGGAGAAAGAAAAACGACGACGCGAAAUGAUGGAGAAUGCCUCUUGGCGCGAUCGAGAACGCGAGACAAACGUCAAGCGUUAUCGGGAACAAGAGAAAAAGGAGCAACCGGAUAAAACCUACAACAAAGACUUUAUCAGGAAACAACUGGCUGCUGCGGCGGAAGUCGGCACGAUUGAGUCAAGAAUCCGAGCAAAUAUCAAUAAUAUUCAGAGAUCAGGACGAGCCAUGGAUACAAAUUUUGCGAAGCGGUAACGAGAGUUCUCGUCAAAAAAACGUUUCAUCGUCAAAUGUAAA